AUGCCUGCGACCCAGCCCACAACGGCAGCCGACCGGGAAUCCACCGCGGUCUUCGAUGUCGAGCGGUUGCGCGAGGACUUCCCCGCCCUCGGCCAAGAGGUCCAUGGCCGGCCGUUGGUCUACCUCGACAGCGCUGCCUCGGCGCAGAAGCCGCGGCAGGUGAUCGAGGCGAUCUCGCGGGCUUACGCGUUCGAGUACUCCAACGUUCACCGCGGCGUCCACUGGCUGUCGCAGCGGGCCACCGAUCACUACGAGGCCGCCCGCGCCGCCAUCAAGAGAUUCCUUGGCGCCGCCGAAGAGCGCGAAGUGAUUUUCGUUCGCGGCGCUACCGAGGGCAUCAAUCUAGUAGCGCAGAGCUUUGCUCGGCCACGGCUAAGCCCUGGCGACCACGUGCUACUGACGGCGAUGGAGCACCAUUCGAACAUCGUACCCUGGCAGAUGGUCUGUGAAGCCACCGGCGCCGAGCUCCGGGUCGUACCUUUCGACGAGCGCGGCGAGCUCGACAUGGCAGCCUACGAGGAGUUGCUCGGCGAGCGCACCAAGAUGGUCGCAGCGGUCCACGUUUCGAACGCCAUCGGCACGGUCAACCCGGUCGAGCGGAUGGUCGAGUUAGCCCAUCGCCGCGGCGUGCCGGUGCUGCUCGAUGGCGCCCAGGCGGCACCUCAUCAGCGGCUCGACAUGGCCGCCUUGGGUUGCGAUUUCUACGUCAUCUCGGGUCACAAGAUGUGUGGGCCGACGGGUAUUGGCGUGCUGUGGGGCCGUGCCGAGCUCUUGCAAGAGAUGGAGCCCUACCAAGGCGGCGGCGAGAUGAUCCUGUCGGUGAGCUUCGACGGCACCACCUACAACGAGAUCCCGCAUCGAUUUGAAGCCGGUACACCCAAUAUCGUCGGCGCGAUCGGCCUUGGUGCGGCCAUCAACUAUCUCGAAGACAUCGGUCUGGACAACAUCGCGGCCUACGAGCAGGGGCUGCUCGACUACGCCCAGGCCCGCCUCGCUGCGAUUCCCGAGGUGCGGCUGAUCGGCACUGCACGCCACAAGGCGGCGGUGGUUUCGUUCGUGGUCGACGGAGUCCAUGCCCACGAUGUCGGCACCAUUCUCGACCGUGAAGGAAUCGCGGUGCGGGUCGGUCAUCAUUGCGCGCAACCGGCCAUUGAGCGCUUCGGCGUCAGCGCCACCGCCCGUGCCUCGCUGACCUUCUACAACACCCGUGAAGAAAUCGACCGCCUGGCCGAGGGGCUGGUUCGAGUGGUGGAGCUAUUCGGCUGA